AUAAGCUAAUAGUGUAACGUUACCUCCAUUUGGUGGCGCUACAUACCAAAACAUGAACUAAAUACUACUCAGUUAAGAGUAGAAGAAGACAUCCCCCACGACUUUGACGUUUAGCAGUAGCCCUGACCUUCCUACUGCAGCGUGACAAACUGAAAGAUGGCUGGACGUGCGUUUGCAAGUUGGUGGGGCAAGAUGAGCCCUUACUACACUAAGGCAUACCAGGAGAUGUGGGUGGGUCUUGGCAUUAUGACAUACCUGUACUACAAACUUUCCUAUGGGGGCAAGAAGGCUGUAAAGGACAAGCCUGCCCAUUGAAUUUCCACCAUGAUGUCCACCCCUCCACCUGCUGUGAAAUAAUGCCCCAGUCGUUAGCCCAGAAGUUCAGCUUCAUAUUUGAAUUUUUGUUAAUAUGGAACAAAUAAAGUUGUUAUCCACAA